CUCGGCGGGACUCGGCAGCGCGUCUCCAGCGCCACCUCGGAGUCAGCGGGGCAACCACGAUGAAGCGGCCUUCUCAAGCCGCGUGCCCCACCGCCACCACCACCACAGCAGCCGGCAGCAUCGCCACGCCACCACCGCCGCGUCUCACGGGGCACAUCAAGAGGCCCAUGAACGCGUUCAUGGUGUGGGCUCAGAUCGAGAGGCGGCGGCUGAUGGAGCUCUCUCCCGAGAUGCACAACGCCGAGAUCUCGAGGCGGCUCGGCCGCCUCUGGAGGCUGCUGGGAGACGCCGAGAAGAAGCCCUUCGUUCGCGAGGCGGAGCGCCUGCGCGCUCAGCACAUGGCCGACCACCCCGACUACAAAUACCGACCACGCAAGCGGGUCAAGGCUCAGCCUCCCGCUCCACAGCUGCCUCCUCAUCCUCCUCAUCCUCCAUCGUCGUCAUCUCAACGCCUUCCUGCACACCAACCUCGCCACCAUGCGCCGCCGCCUCCGCCGCCCUCUGCCGCAAGAGCAAAGGCAGCGGCAGCGGCGGGGGGAGGGGGAGCAGGAGCAGGAGGCGGUGCGAGGAAGCGCGCCUUGACCCACGUGCAGUCGUCCUCCUCCUCCUCCACUGGGAGCAGCCGCAGUCGGGCCGCCACUGCCACCACGAGGUCGAGGCCGCAGAGGCCGUCGUCGUGGUCGGGAGGAGGCCCCGGACUGUGCGAGCAGGCGGCGAGGCACGGCGGCGCCAGGAUGGAGGAAGACCCUCCUGGUGGUGGUGGUGAUGGUGGUGAAGGUGAUGGAGCUGCGCUCAUGUCGGGCAGCAGGAGCCGUGGCUACGCGGGCAGCAGCUGGUACGAGCUGGACAAGGAGAAAGUCGUGGAGGAGGAGGAGAAGGAGGAUGAAGAGGAGGAGGAGGAGAUGGGGUGUCGAGACGUGCAGUUGCUGGGCUCGCUGGACCGAGACGUGGACUCGUUGAGCGAGAGCAGCAGCGCGUCUCACUUUGACUUCCCCGACCUGCGCUCUCCCGAGAUGAACGAGAUCCUCUCCGGCUCCCCCUGGCUCGAGUCCAGCUUCUCCAGCCUCGUGUUCACGUACUGAGUCGUCCCACCAAUGUGUGGGCACGUCUGUCUGUGUGUGCUGGCCACACCGCCUCGUACGCCGUGCCGGCCUUCACAGGUGCUCGCUUAACAGCACUGGUCCCAACAUCACGACAACGCUGCAUGGGGGAUCUUUAUCUUUUGUGUGUGGUGAUGCGGUUGGCGACCUCUGUUCGAUUCCAUUUCACGAACAACCCCAGUGACCAUUAUCUGAACCGGUCCUGGGCCUCUCCUAGGUCGACUCGGCCUCAAAUGAGUACCUGGUGUGUGUAAACGCCACUGGGGAGACAAAGGCGGUCGGGCGUGGUGCUGGCCACCCACCCCCUCGUGUGGCGUUCCAGCCUUCUUCGGAGCAACUCCAACUUGCCCCUACAUUCUGAGGCUAUACGGGGGAUUUUGUAUGUGUCUAGAGCGGUGGCGUGGUGGUUAGCGCACUGCUCCGAACCAGCCCAACGUCAGUAUCCAUUGUGGUUGUCUAAAAUGAUUCGCUCAUGUGCGCGUCUUUAAACUGUUACAAAAGUCGAGUGGCUUAUUUUGAAUGCGCCCGUAAAGGCGAAUUGCUUUACAUUGGGUUGAGAUUCAACGUUUUUGAAAUAUAUAUACCAAGGUCUCGAUGUUUUGAAUAUUUGCAUAUCGAAAUCUACGCCAAUUCAUUUUCAAACAUGAGUUGAUUUUACGUUUUUAAGCAAUUGUACUUAUGUAUAUACUAUAUGGUAACCACUUAGUGGACACAAUCGGUGCGAGUUAUCUGGACCUGCACCUCUCCGAGGUCUCCUGAGACUUAAAUGAAGUAUAUGGUGUGUGUGUGUGAAGACCAACACGGGGGAGACAAAGGCGUACGGGUAUGGGGUGGACCACACCACCCUAUUUGUGCGCUGUAUCUGCCUUAAUAGGUGUUCGCUAACGGCACUUGUCCCAACAGUCUAUCAAUGACUUUGACGUUACACACGCGCAUAUACAACCCAAUUUUUCAUUCGACAGCUGGAUUAGGGCCUCCCUGGAUCUGUCGUAUAUUUGAGCAUACUUCCCCACGCUGGUCCGUGCGUGUUGGUUAAUGGGGGGCAGUAGAGCAUCGGGAGCAUCGAAGUACGAAUCGUCAUCUGCCGCCUAGAGGUCUUGCACGUGGAGCGUCCUAAACAAUGGUCCAUCUCUCGUGACGAUGUGGGAUUGACUGAGCAUUACUUAAACAGGGUCGUUAACCUUCAUCGCCUUUUUGAUGUGUGUGGAGUCUGUGGUUGCAUAUCUGUCCCUCGUGUGAUGGAGGAUCCGGCCAUGGUGACGCUGGCUCAUUCCGGGCCCAGAGUAGAAUGGGUCUUAGUGGGGUGACCGCCACCCCCUCCUAGUGAGAUGACGGGGGAGUUGUAGACAAGAGACGGCGUUGUCUCGAGAUCUGAGAAAUGUAAGCAAACGUAGAGAUGCGGUUCAAAUGAGAGGCAGAUGAGGUCGCGGUUAGCGAGACUAUGGCUUCUCCUAUGUGAAUAAGCUCGCUUUGUUGAUCACAUUAAGGUUUCAAUGUGAGCUGAUGUUUGGUGCAUCCUUACGUUUUUCAUUCGCCCCGGGCCCCCCACCCCCUUGAGCUACUUGGGGCACGCAGCAUAUGCUUCGUUUCUUUCUGCCCAGCGCCGCCACUGGCCAUGUGAAGUUGGCGAUACCACUCGGGGGCCCCCGGCUGAGAUGAGCGAGCCCAUUGAGUAGACCGAGAUGAUGACUCCUUGACUUUGGGGAAAGUACAUCAACAGGACCGUAUCUUUGUCCUAUUUGCAUUCAAGGUUGUGUACAGAUAUUUACAUAUUCGCAGUGUUAAUGGUUGUGAUUUUUUUUAAACCACAUCUCUGCUUUAUUGAUGUCAUGGAUUGUUCGAUAUUGUACAUUCACUUAUAAAUACCAUAAACGGAG